AUGGAUUUCACUUUUCGCUCUUUGCCAGUCUUGGAUAUCGAGACUCUAUAUAUCGAUAGUCCCAAAAAGGCUGCCUUGCUUCUGGCACUGGCAUGGCUUGUGAUUUCACUCUUCACUCCGGGCAGAAAGCGUCCCAAUGCGCCCGUGUUUGGAUACCGGUCGUUCUUCGAACCGACCGUGGUGCUGCAGAGCCGAUUCAUUAGGGGUGCGCGUGAUAUUAUCCACGGCGCGUACAAAUCAAUGAAGAAUCAUCCGUUUGUGCUCCGUCGCUAUGACGUCGACUUCCUGGUUCUUCCGAUGCGGUAUCUCGAGGAGAUACGGCUGAUCGCCCCGUCUAAACUGAGUAGCAAAGGGGCUCAGACCGGAAAUCUUGCUCCACAGUACACCUCAAUGCAGUUUCUAUAUCAUUCGGAUCUUCAUCUCAAUGUGCUCAAGAAGAAACUCACGCCAGAGCUCUACACCUAUGUGGACAAGGCGAAGGAAGAGCUGGCUUAUGGUUGGCAUCGCGAUCUCCCAGAGGCGAAAGAUUGGACGGAGAUUUCUAUCGAGCACCAUUUGCGCAUGCUCGUCGCACGUAUGACGGCCAAGGUCUUCAUGGGUCACCCAACGUGUCGGAAUCCCGAAUGGCUGAAGAUCUCAAUCGAUUUCUCCGUUGAUCUGUUUACGACCGCAUUCACGAUCAAGAUGUUCCCGCCUUGGAUGUACGGAAUUGUCGCCUGGCUUAUCCCUGCCAGGUACCGCACGUUCCGUCAAUUGAAGACCGGUCGCAGGAUUGUUGGCGAGCUCACGAGGCAACACAACAUCGUCAAGGAGAAACGAAGCAGGGGCGAGAAGGUCGAGGAGGAAGAUACGCUUCUCAAUUGGAUGCUCGAUCACGGCAAGCCGAGUGAAGUUGAUGUUCACGAGAUGGGUGCUCGCCAGUGUGUCUUGACGCUUGCUAGUAUCCACACCACGGCGUCCAAUGUAUCCAACAUGUUGUAUGAUCUCUGCCAACAUCCUGAAUGGUUUCCGGUCCUGAGAGAGGAGGUUCUGGAAAUUGCAAAGGAGCUAGGACCUCCGGGUCAGGAUCCUGAGAUUAGUGCGAAAGAGUGGUGCACACGACUGGACAAACUCGACAGUUUCUUCGUGGAAAGUCAGCGACACAGUCCCGUCCUCCUUCUCAACCCUCAAAGAUUGGCUUACCAGGACAUCACUCUCAAAGAUGGCACGCGUGUCCCUUCCGGCUCGAGGCUCGCCUUCGCCAACUACGAGCACUCGAUGGACCCCGACGUCUAUCCCGAACCGCUCGAGUUCGAUCCGAUGCGCAACUACCGCAAGCGCAUGUCCGCUGCUGAUCAGCGAGACCUGCACAAGGCGGGCAUGACCCAUCCCAACAACUUGGCCUUCGGCUACGGCAAUCAGGCCUGCGCUGGACGGCAGUUUGCCGUUGCGGAAAUUAAGCUGAUCAUGGCUCGUCUUCUCUAUGAGUUCGAGUUUCGAUUCCCCGAAGGCAAAAAGCGACCGAAGACCCAGCAUGUGAACGAGAAUUGUUUCACGGAUCAGAGCAUGACGCUUAUGAUGAAGAAAAUCUAG